AAGCUGCCAAGAACGUUCCUUCGUGUCGCGCGCCGGCCUCGAGGCCGCCUGCGGUACCCCUCUGAUGCCUCCCUCAAGCGCAGAGGGCGGCGUGGCACAACGCAACACUCAUUCGCCCUCCUGAAACAUCGCCUUGGGCCCAUGUAGCAUUUCUUGUCUCUCUUUGAUUGAAAGAUUACACACUUUGUUAAUGACGACAGCGUACCAGAAUCCGGCGUCCGAAGCACAAACUCGUGAUGGCAGACCACGUCGAUAGCACAGAUGCAACACUGUGGACGCAAGAGCAAAUCUGGACAAUGAACGCCAAUCAAGAAGCCUAUCCCGGGUCUUUCAUGAUCUCAAACGAGGAACUACUGGACCUGUCUCUGAAAGACAUGAAUCUAGCGCAAACCAUGGCCGGAAACACAAUGCCAUUCUUGACGCCACAGCCCUCUUCGAUGAACUUCGACCUGCCACACAUGGGUUCCGCCCCGUCAUUCGCUGUGUCGCAGGAGGAGAGUGACUCUUCUUGGACUGAGGCUGACAGCCAGGAUCUGUGGUACGAUCAGCUUCGACAACAGCUUCAGGACUUCCGCCAGAGCCCGACCUGCACGCUCACCACCAUCCCAUUGGGAGGGAGGCAGCGCAAACAGGUCCAUUCCAUGGCCAACAUGUGGGGUCUCAGCCACAUGAGUGUAGGCGAUGGUCUGCAGAAGCGCGUGCUACUGAGCAAGUGUGCGCUCGCCAAAACAGGCGAUGCCAAGGAUCGCAGGUGGAACCCGGGCCGCAACACAUGGUCGCCAGGUUAUAUCGAUCCUAGGCUGGUGAUAUUCCACCAGGUCUCAUCCACCAUAUGUUUCCGAACAUGUCUUAAUGUUCUAGGAUUGCCACCGCCUAGCAAGAUCACUAGAGACAUCCGUGGCGAGUACUGUACCGUGUAUGCCCUUUUCGAAACACCACCCGAUGCCGUGAAGGCCGUACUGGCGCUCAAUGAUACUCGCCCACACUGGAAUGUCAACGCCACGGAUCGUAAUGUCGAAGCAUGCUUCUUGCGUAUGCCUCUAGGCUUCAGCCUUACGUCUUACCUUCUGGAUGAGGGAUUCUCCCAAUUGCCGAAUUUAGUGCGUGAGGCUUUUGGCAGUGCAUCUAACUACGAUCCCAAUCAGGCACCAUCAAGCAUUUCAACUCCUCCGUCAGCCUCCUCACUGCCUACUCGAACAUCGCUGGCUCCCGGUGCUGCUAGUCCGACCGAGUUGGCAAAUGCGCUUUUCAGAAUUUCUUCGUCGCCCAGACAUUAUCCGCGUGUUGCAGGGUCUGCACUACAUAGCAGAAGGGGUAGCAUCUCGAGGCGCAUGUCGCUGUCUUCAUCCAUGUCGCGCGACUAUGGCUACAUCUCAGCCAGCAGUCAAGUGGAUUCCGAUUAUAGCUUGGCGACCAGUGCCUCGAAGAAGCGUAGACGCGAGCCUAAAAUACUUGCUGGCUAUCACUGCACUUUUCCCGGGUGUGAUAAAGCUUUUGAUCACCAAGGAGAACUUACAAAGCAUGAGAAGGUGCACAGCACAGAUCGGCCUCAUGUGUGUGUUCAAUGCGGGAAGGGAUUUUUCUAUCCCAAAGACUUGCGUCGGCAUGAGCGAACGCAUACUACGGAGUCCACUCCUGUUUCGCCGAUUCCGGAGCCGACAGGGACUGGCAGCGAGCCGGAUGGCUACGAAUUUCAGAUGGCACGACGACACAUCUGUGCAUGUUGUCCGAGUGGACCGAGAGCUUUCAAGUCCGAACUUGAACUCAAGCUUCACGAGACCGAAAGGGCUUUGAGGUGUGAGCAUUGUCCCAACAGAUUCCGAUCGAGAAAUGAGCUAGAACGACAUCAUAGUGCAGUACAUCAAAGUCUCACUUACUCGUGUGGAAGUAUCAGCGACAUCGAAGUAGUAUACAUUGUCCGCAAUGAUGGGAAUGGCAUGGACAACUGUGCCUUCUGCGGCGAAGGUUUUCCGAAUCCUCCAGACUGGGGCAUUCGUUGUCAACAUCUCAUCAAAGCGCACCAAUUCGGCAGCUGUAACAAGAGUAAGAAGUUCUUGAGGCUCGAUCACUUUCGUCAACAUCUCAAGCACAGUCAUCACAGCACGCCGGGAGCGUGGAUUCGGAGACUUGAAGAUGCAGCGACAACAGCCGAAGUGGCCAACCAUAACCUGCAAGGACCUAGACCUACAGUUGAAGAAUCAAACCUGGGGGCCUCUAGUGGAACUUGCGUGAACAUCCUGACAGGCAACACCAAAGCUACAAAUCACGAGCGAACACGGCAUCUUUUAGGCGCCAUACCGUCGAAGGUUGCGCAUCUUUUCGGUGCCGGAAGAGAUGGGAAUGCCAAAACAUGAUUUUGGAUUGGAGCUCCAACACGUCAGAACCACGCGGACAACGUCCAUUGAUGUUACGCGACCACGAGCGUUCAUCGAGCGGCAAGACCGGUAUGCAUCGCGAUGAGAGCUCUUCUCUCCAGCUGGGUAUACGCAACGAUGUCGUCCCUCAAUGGAACCUGAACUGAGCUCACCAGCUCGUCCUCAUCAUCAACGCAUCAUUCUCACUGUACAGUAUAUACUUCCAAGCACACAAGACAAUAUAGGCAUGCCGAAUACCGUCUUCACUUCUCCA